AUGGACAGGUUUAAGAAUAAGUUUCUGAAGCCUCACCGUCGCUCCCAGCGAGAGGAAGACAUGGAAAAACUAAAGGAACCAAAAGUCUCGCCCAUCGCGACUGGCGGCUUCAAGCACUGGGCUGUGGCUUUUAUCGUCUGCAACUUCAAUGUCGAUAUCGGCCCAGAAAUCGAGAUACUGUACCCACCAGAUGUGCCCUUUACGACGGCCGACUUGAGUGCUAUAUGCUUCAACAGCUUCCCUGAGCAACAGAACACAGAGACAGCCGAGGAUCUCUCUUACGACUUCGCCAUUACCAACAAUUCGCCUGACAUCAAACUAAGUUCGCCGAAUGCCCCUCAUGGCAGCGCUGACACCUUUUACGGCUCGUGUAUCUUCCGCCAAGAGUUCGAUGAUACCAUGAAGAGAAGCUUCAACCAGAGAACUCUUGUUCUGAUCUCACACCACAACUUCACUUCCUUCCAUCAUCGCAUCUUGCAAAAGAUGACAGAGUCGGGACAUCUCAGCGAUCCGACAACUAUAGAAUCUGCACACUCGCAGAUGAACACAUGGGAGCCUCCAGCUCUGGGACGUCACCAUCUCCCAUUCAUGGGCACCACACUGACUUUGGACAUUGCACCACAUCGUGCCUUCCCCCUGCAAGGACUCCCAGGGCCCACGCCACUAAUCUCAGAUAUACCCUUGUCCAUCUACGCCUAUGAACCUAUCGGCUCCUGGGACAACAUCAUGCACUAUAUGCCCUGCAUCACCGACCUUUACGUACUGUACGAGAAGCUGAUACUCUGCGAAAGCGUCAUCGUCAUCGCAAAGUCACCACAACUGGCGAGCGAAGCCGUCUCGUCGCUGGUCGAUCUCAUUUGCCCCGUGCCAUACGCAGGUGUGGUCAAACCCUACAUGACCAUGCAAGCCAACUUCAAAAGCAUCGGCAUCGACGGUGGAACCCCAACCUCAUUUGUCAUCGGCAUCACCAACCCUUUCCUGUUGAAACGCAUCGUCGCAGCAGCAGAAGCCAGCCACAAAGCCCGGCCACACAUCCUCUAUCUCCAGAACUUUGACGGCCCAGUUCCAACACGUCGCCAUCACUCGCUCCACCACAAAUCAAGUCGCAACGCACUUCUAGACCUCCCCGGCGGCGGUAUUGAAGUCCACACUCCCUCUAAACGCUUCCUCAAAUCAGACCCGACUGUCGUAUCGCAGAUCGAAACUCUGCUCAAACUCGGCGAUCAAACCCGCGAACUCGGUCCUAUCAUCCGUCGCCAUUUCGCAGACCUUACCGCACAGUUCAUAUCGCCCAUCAACCGAUACCUCGCAACGUCUAACAUAGUGACGCCAGGCGGCAACAACAGAUAUGCCAGCUUCCAUGUACCAGAUCUCAUGAGCAGCGUAAGCAAACACGGUACGAGUGUCAAGUUUCGCGGCUCUGGGCCUAUUCAACGCCAUCGCGCCAGGGAUGGACUGUACGAGACUUUUUGCAAGAGUCCGAACUUUUACUCUUGGCUGGAGAUGAAGAUCAGUCUGGAGAACGAGGCGAGUGCAGGCUUGUUAAAUGCGCCUGUUGCGACGAGUGCUGCUGUUAGUUGA